UUUGUAGUACGGUUUCUGUCUCAUGGUCGACUCGACACAUAUCUUGUGUGUUGUGUGUUAGCAAGCGAGGACAUUAAACAAGAAACAGUAGUGAAUUAAAAGUAAAAAUAAAAAAUUUAACACACACAGUAAAGAAAAAUACUAACAUUAAAAAUGACACGAAAACGUUGAUCAUUUUGGUUUGCAAUUAUGCAGAACGGUGAUUAGUAAUGCUUUUGCCAAUCUCUCAAUGGAUGAAACGUAUUAGUGGUUCGAGAGUGUGCUAAUCGAACAAACACACAUCGAUUUCACAGUGUAGCGACAGAAAAAAGAACACAUAAAUUACAAAACAUUAAAUAAUAAUAAUAAGGUUCAUUUAUGUGGUUGAAUUUUUUUAAUUAAAUAAGAAAAAGUACAUCUGGAGAGAAAGAUAUAGAACGUGAGUGCAUUUCACAUAAGCAGACAAUCAAUUAAAAAAGAAAAAAAAAAGAAGAAAAAUACUUGGCAAGCGAACAAGUUUCGACGGAAAUGAACGGUGGAUAUUAAACGGCGAAAUUAUUAUAUUUCUUUUCUGUGUUGCUAAUUCUCAAUUUCUCUCUUGUUCGGAGGAUAAUUUGUUCGGUUUGUCGAUUUGACAAUAGUUUUUUGAAUAUCCGUAAAACAAAUUGAAAUGAGAACAAAAGAACAAUCAAACCAACGACAGAAAAAAACCGACAUUUCAUCUAUAAUUACUGAUGUUUUUGCUGUUGCUGUUGCUGCUGCGCGGUAAACAUUGACAUUCGGCAGCUGUAUAAAAUAAAACAGAACAGAAAAAAGUAGAACUAUAGUUGUUCUCUUCAAAAAAAAAAAAAAAAACGAAGAAAAAAACAAAACCUUAACUCAUCGAUAACACUAUUUGAUGUUGAUUUUGAAUGUGUGUUAAACAGUUGUGUUUUUAUAUGUUUUGUUGUGUUUAUCACCAUAUACGCCAUAUAAUCAUCUUUAAUUCGUGCACGGAAUUCUGACAGAGGAACCCAGACGGAUUUCUCUCAAUCCACAUUUAUAUAUGUGCAUAAUCUCUAUCGCUCGGUCUCUGUAUCGCAUAAGAGAAUCAAUCAGUAAAUCGAUCAACACCGAAAACAAUACCUAAAACGAAGCACAUAUAUAUUUGUACAAUCAAAAGGCAAAAUAAAAGUUGUUUCCAGUUUUUCAUCGCCAUCGUGAGGGCAAAACCAAAAAAAAAAAUACAAAACAUAAAACAUUUUCGCCUUGGAUUUUUGAGAAAGAGAGAAAUUGCGAAACCACUUUUAUUUUACAGCAUCCCGAAAUUCAAACACAAAAAACACUUUACACACACACACCCAAAAAAAAAGAACACAUAAUACCCACAUUGCACUUCAUUUAGAAUUUUAAAAUGCGGAAACUUACUGUGAAUAAGGAAGGCAUGAACCGUCUUCCAAAGAGGGUACAGCAAGCUAAACGAGUUAGUCCACCAGCGGUACCUGAAAUCUAUCGACAUUCUGGUAGCUCAUUUGGUUCGGCCGGUUACGGUUCGUGUGACGAUUCCACAAAUAUGGGCGGCGGUUCAAAUUUUUAUGCAACAGCCAGCGAUCCAAACAAUUCAUUGAACGUUUCAUUGCGAAGCAAUGCCAGCAAUUCAUCCAUUGAUCUACCCGAUGCCGCAACUAGUCGUCUUUUGCAAGUCAAUUCAGCAGCUAAUGUUAGCGGCAAUGCAUCAUCAAGUGCAAACACAGCACAAUCGCAACAGGCAUUCAUAUUUCACGUUCAAAAUCAGCAGCCAUUAACACACAAGGCAGCAGUAUAUUAUCAUCAGCAGUUGGCAUUACAAGAAGAUCAAGGCAUUGAUCUGACACAGUCUCCAGGUCGAGAUAGUCCUGGCAGUUCAUCUGGCUCGGGAUCGGGUUCAAGACAUUCAACGGCUAGUUUAGAUAGUGGACGAGCUUCAUCAUAUCACACAUCCUCGUCGGUGGCAUCAAAACCAUCGGCAUAUCAACCGUUUUCCAAUCAAGUGCCACAAUUCACAAAUAAUAGUGGCAUUUUAUCCAGUCCACGAUGCAGUUCAGUGAGUUCAUGUUCAAUCGGCAGUGCCGAUAUGCAUCGAACCGAUCAUGAAAUUAUUUGCGAUUGGCUACGUGAAUUAUCGAUGGAAGAAUAUGCGCCGCUAUUCUCAGAAGCUGGAUAUGAUAUGCCAACCAUUAGCCGAAUGACACCCGAAGAUCUGACGGCUAUUGGGAUAAAAAAGCCUCGGCAUCGUGAACGUAUUAAACAACAUAUUGAUUCAUUACAAUUGCCUGAUAAUUUACCGCAUUACAUUCCGGGUUCAAUUGAGGAGUGGUUGCGUUUGUUACGAUUGGAUGAGUACAUUCAGCCAUUAUUAGCUCAAGGUUAUCGACAAGUGAGAGAUGUAACACAAGGCGUGUCAUGGGAGGAUAUGGAAGAUAUUGGCAUCGUUAAAUUAGGGCAUCAAAAGAAAUUACUAUUAGCCAUUAAACGAAUUAAAGAUAUAAGUAGCGGCAAAUGGAUUCCACCCGGUUUAGCAAACAAUAGUCCACAGAUGCUCAACUGGGAUCAUCAGCAACAGUAUUUUGAACAAAUGCACAUGUUAAAUGCAAUGCCAUCACAUAUUUCGCCUCUGUCAACCGAUAGUAGCAUAAGCAAUCAAUUUUAUCAACAGCCCAAUUAUCAACAAUCGCUUCACUUAAUGCCACAUAACACGAUCAUGGAAAAGGAUAACAAUGAUUUUGUUUUGAUUAAGUUACGCCAGCCACGUGGUCGUUCGAUUGAUUCACCGGAUGAUGAUGAAAAUCGAAUGAUAGUAACAUUUAGCCAGCAUCAUAAUAGCCAGGGAUCGGAAGCCGAAGAAGCUCUACAUGAAAUGUCGGCAGUCAGUAGCCAAUAUCAACCGAAUUUGCAUAAUUUACAUCCACAGUCAUGGCGACAAUAUGUUGAUGGUGACAUAACGCCAACAAAUGAAAUGUGUGGCCGAACGUCUGGUCGUGAUAUCAACACAUUGGCUGGUGAAAUUGACCGUGAUAGUUUAUUGCGAAAUCGUGGGAUGACCGUGCCACAAAGAAAUAAACCAAUUGCAAUGGUAAAAGGCAAUGUCUUACAUACAAUUCCACAACAACAACAGCAACAACAAGAUCUAAUAAAACCAUCAGACGACAGCUAUAGUACACGCAAGAAAAUCGAUGAAAUUCGAUCGAUAGCACCAGAACCACCGCGAAGACAUUGUUCGAGCAGCACACUUCGUCCAAAUUCACUCGAUCAAAUUUGUGAAGACUAUGAAUCGCUUACUAUAUCGGGACAACCAUCAAAAGCCAGCGGUCCAUUCAAUUCACAAGAUAUUUACAGUUAUUCGAAUCAAGUUCAAAGCCAAAUGCAUUCGAUGCCAUUUUACGAUAAUUGCAAUCAAAUGUCGUUGAGCAUGCCAUCGGCCCAACAACCAAUCUAUGCAAAUUAUAAUGCCGUUGUGAAUGCAAUGCACACGCAAAAAUCAUUGCCAAACAUACAAAUGACCAGUACAAAUCAUAUUCAAACACGAGCCGAAGUGCAUGCUGAAAAGGUGCCGUUCACAACUAGCAACGAUUCAAAGUCAAACUCAAGCAUAGAUUCGAUCGAUCAGUUGCCAUUUGCAAAUGAUAAUGCUGGAACGAUAAAACAACGUGUAAAUCAGUAUAAUCAAAUGCAUACAACCGCACAAGUUUCACUUGACGAUUCACAAUCAAAAUGUACAACGGCAGAGAAUACGCCUACAAAUUUAUCGUCAGCCACAUCGCCUUGCGCUAGUCGCAAUGAAUCAAAUGAUAUCAGUCAAAAUGAGCAUGCCAGUGUAUCGGUGCUGAAUGAUAUUGGAAAUAUGUUGGCAAAUCUCACCGAUGAAUUAGAUGCCAUGUUGGAAGAAGAAAAACGUGUCGGUCUUAAUGACAGCGAGUAAAAUUACGUUGAACUUACACACCCACAAAUUUGGUGCAAAAACAUAAAAUAGGUGUAGAAAUUUGUAUACAUAUACUAUAUUUAGGAAAACUGAAUGAAAAAAAAAAAUGAAAAUAAAUAAUAGCCAUAUCGUAGACACAGGAGAAAGAAUGAAGAAAAACAAACAAACUACUUAAUACUUUAAACACACAAUGGUGUUAUGCAUAAAUAAAUAUAUAAAAUUGAAUUAUAAUCGUUAUCGUAAAUUCGUUGUUGUUAAUCGAUUCAUUACGAUCGUAAUAUAUCACCUGGGCCGUGACACAAAAUAUCAGUCACCAUUUUUGUCGCCAUCAUAAGUAUGUUCAGGCAUAUUGAACAUCACAAUUUGAUAUAGCUUUUUACUGACGAUCAUUUAAAACAAACGAUGACGAUCUCGAACAAAAUACGAGAUAUCGAAAUCAAAAGAAUAAACAUUAAGAAUUUGUGUAUUUGGAUAAUAAUAUAAAUGCAUGAAAUUGUAUGCCAUCGUGACACAUGCAAAAUAUAAGAAAUGUAUUGAAAUUGUACCGUUAUAAUGAAAACAAUAAAUAAUAAUAAUUGUAAUAUGAUUUACUAACAAAAACAA